UUUUUUCCCAUGAGCAAAUGAGCAAAUUGGUUGCUGCAUUUUGUCUUCUUGGGCUGAAUUUUGAAAAUUUUUCUCGCUGUGCAAUGUCCAUGGCAUCUUCUUCCUAAACAUUUGGGCCUUCGUGUGAGUAUCCAAUCCACUGCACAAUUUAGGGUUUAAUCCGUUGCGUAAAACCUUCUCAGAAGAAUCAGGUGAUGAUCCAAUCCAAUCAAAUUCUUCAAAUAGCGAACAAUAUUCUGCUAUGAAUCUAUGAUUCUCUAUUUGUUUGAUCGAUAUACCAUUUUAUAGUACAACCUUUAAAACUAUCUGCUCACACCUUUAAUUUCUUUCCCAAUUCCAAGAAUUCAAGAUUCCGGAUCGAAACCAUCGAAAACAGCCAUCCUCGAUCGAAUUCUUGUAGGACUCGUCUUCCAACUCUUCGACUGUUUGUUGUUCUAACCCAGGUAAUUGUUAAAGAUUUUCCCAUCAAAUCGAUCAUCUACUUAUCCCAAUUUGUUCCCCAAUUUUCUUCUUGGAUACCAAUUUGAUUGGAUUCUCUAUCAACUUGCAUUAAACAAGGCCAAUUAGAGACUGCCACCAUUCGCGUUUUUUUCCGUAUUGGAGGUCUAAUAAUUACUUAAACCAAAAAUGUCGGGUGAUCAGGAGGAACCCUCGGAAGUUGGAGUUGACCGAAAUGGAAAUAAAGAACUAGAACUUCAUUCAGUGUUCUGGAAUCAAGACUAUAGUUGUUUUGCUGCUGGUACAAGUUGCGGCUUUCGUAUUUACAAUUGUGAUCCUUUCAGAGAAACAUUUAGACGUGAGCUGGGAAUUGGUGGAUUCAAAAUUGUUGAGAUGUUGUUUCGUUGCAACAUUUUAGCACUUGUGGGGACUGGAACUAAUUCUUUAUAUCCACCAAACAAAGUUUUGAUAUGGGAUGAUUAUAAAAGUGAAUGCAUUGGUGAAUUUUCAUUUAGGUCUGAGGUUCGAGCUGUAAAACUGAAACGUGAACACUUUAUUGUUGUUCUUGAGCAUAAAAUUUAUGUUUACACGCUGAAGGAUGUCAAGCUUCUUGAUCAGAUUGAGACUGUUGCUAAUCCAAAGGGCCUAUGUUGUCUUUCCCACCAUGUAAAUACAUUUGUGCUGGCAUGUCCCGGUGUUCAACGUGGGCAGGUGCAUAUCGAACAUUUUGGGCUAAAUAUGAAGAAGCUAUUCAAUGCACAUGAUUCUCAUAUUGCAUGUAUGACGCUGACAAUGGAUGGUCUACUUCUUGCAACUGCUAGCACUAAGGGUACUUUGAUAAGAAUUUUCAAUACAUUGGAUGGAACGCUCUUGCAAGAGGUACGAAGGGGAGUGGAUAGAGCAGAAAUCUUCAGUCUUGCUCUUUCCCCAAAUGUCCAAUGGUUGGCAGCAGCAAGUGAUAAAGGGACUGUUCAUGUUUUCAGCCUUAGAGUUAGAGUGGCUGGCCCGGAUUCAUCUUCUGAUACAAAUGUAAUUCAGGGGCCAACACCGUUCCAGCAAAAUUCUUCUAAUUCCAUUGACACUCUUGUUCCUUUGAAUACCGGUUCAAACCCUAGUUCGUCAUUGUCAUUCAUGAGAGGGGUCCUACCAAGAUACUUCAGUUCAGAAUGGUCAUUUGCUCAGUUCCAUUUGCCGGAGGUGACUCAGUUUAUUGCAGCAUUCGGACCUCAAAACACUAUUAUUAUUGUUGGCAUGGAUGGGAGUUUCUACAAGUGUAGUUUUGAUCCAGUGCGAGGAGGGCAAAUGUUGCAGCAAGUAUGCGUCCAGUUCUUGAAAAUGGAAAUAGGUGCGGAUCGAAUUGAUCUGUAAUAGGCUAUAAACCCUAAUUGAUUCUCAUUCCCUUGUGAAUACAAACACUUCGAUGAUACCUGUCAAUAGGUCUAGGGUUUACGUAAUUUUUGAUGAAUAAUCAUUUGGAGGUGCUGCAUUUUUUCUUUUGAUCUUCUUAUUUGUUUACAUAAUUUUCCUCCUCUUGUAGAAAUCUUUGUCAUUUUGAAAUUUGUGAAUAAAAGUUUCUAAUUCUUUUGCUGCUGCU